GAUUGCUCAAGGAAACGUCGUCGACGGAUUGUCGCCUUCUUUGGUUCGUCAGUAAUAAGCACUAGUGUCCGUCCCAUCGUAUGUCGAAUCGAAAAUUUUGCAGUAGCGUUUUCUCGAAAAGAAAUCCACAAUUCGUUCGGUGCAGUCAGAAAAUUCGAAUCGUCGGGCGGUUCGUCGGUUUUCGCUGGAUAACGUUAAUCGAAUCUGCAACCAAUAAGAUAAAGUAAAAGUAUGUGCGCUAUUUUGGAACCGACAGGAACAGCAGCGGUGUGAAAAUUAUCGCCAAUUAUUUUUGUCUCGCUAAACUCCAUCGUCAACCUCUAUAUGGUGGGGAGCAAAACCGUCAGAAGUCGGAUUUCAAAGUGAAUUUUGCUUAUUAUUAUUUAUGGCAGAAUAAAUCUUCUGAGAUGAGCAGUACACGACGUACUGUGCAGGUGUAAAUUCGUUCGUCAAAUGAUCUGUCAUCUGAUCUGAUCUAGAGGUUGGGGGGUUGUGAUCUUUCGAUUGAAUGCCCGAGAGUAAAUCGACUAUCAUCGGACACGGGAUUCCCUGCCUGCUUGCUACCCUACUACUGGUUUAGUAGAUUGUUCAAUCUACAUAUAGCUCUAAACCUAAGUACAUACAUAUAUGGCACCAUGGACCAUCGACCAUUCGUUGCAGCAUCUCGUACAUUGACGAUGGCAAAAAUGAUGUGGCCAGUUAAUGUUUGUUAGUAAAAAAAAUGCUACUAGUAGUAUCACUAGUGAAACCACGUUUUCUGUAGUGUGAUGCUGCUCAAACAGAUAUGAUCCAAGUUUUGUAGAUCGCAAUAAAAGGGAAAUUUCAUUAAUUGGGAACUGGUCUAUCAGUAGUUGGUUUAGAGUUGGGAAUUUUCCACCAAAAUAAUACUAGUGUAAAUCCUUAGUGCGUGGCUUAAUGGAACACUUCUAGCCUAGAGAAAAGCCUCUAAUCACUCCGAUGGAAGGUGCCUGUACAAAAAUUGCGACUCCAUUUAACCAAACGAGGAAUACGUGAAAGUUGCGCAUGAAACAAUAGUGUCACAUUUAUAUCAUCACAACACUCGAAACAACAACAAAAAACGAACGCCUAAAGGCCAAUCCAGCAACUAUCACGGGAGAUAAAUUGCGCUAACGGCGACAUCACGGUGAAUUCGUGUUACCACCAGCUGGCUUCUGCUACAACUGCAACGAACGGCGGCGCCUUGCCACUGAAAGCCUACAAAGCAUGGAUGUAAUUAUUCACGAAUCGGAUAAUGGAACAUCAGAGGCAAACAACGAGAGCGAAAAAUUUCUCAACGCGUCGUCACCAACGUUUCUGCUGCCACCUUUGGCUUCCACCACGUCUAUACCGGCUUCUUCCGUCACAACAACCGUACACAAUCAAUAUCACCAAAACCACCACCACCAUCAGCAGCUUGCUUGGGACCGAGGGGACCUUCUGGCCUCGUCAGCUGAUUUUCGUACGCCAAACGCCACGAGCACAGUCGUUGGACCGGCUGUCACUUCGCCAUCGAAAGCGAAAGCGUUCGUCUGUGACCUAGAUCUGAGUGCGCCGAUAAUAGGCGCUAAGAAAGAUCGUCCCUAUCAUCAUCAUCUGCUGCACCAGCACUAUCUCCACCAUCAUCAUCAGUACAACGAUCUGCAAAUUCAGCUGACCCGGUCGGCUUCCCGGAACGCCAAAUCCCCGACGAAAAACUCCGAGGACGAUUUUGCCACCGGUAGCAACAGCAGAUCCACUGCUAGUGAUAUCGAUAUGCGGUCCGACUAUUGCUUCUACCGGUUUCAGCGGUUCAUCUCGCGUAACCCACUGCUCAACUAUCUGCUGCCGAUUUGCGUAAUCGCGGUGCUCGUGUUUGUAAUCUACACCUUCCGGGAUACGGCGAAAAACCUGCUGUUCUGGAUCGAAACGCAAAACUCGUGGAUCGUGUUCGUGAUCUUUCUGUGUUUGUUCACGAUCGUGAGCUUCCCGGUGACAGUGGGCUACCUGGUGUUGAUCAUCAGCAGCGGUUAUCUGUUCGGGUUUAUUAAGGGCCUACUGACAGUGAUUAUCGGAGCUAAUCUGGGAGUGGCGAUCGCACACAACACCAUCAAGGGCCUGCAGUCGAAGCUGCCAAUGCACAAAUUAAUAAGAAACGAAACCGGUCGUGCCAUCCUGCGGGUUAUUUCGGGACCACGAGCCUUCAAAAUAGUAUUAUUCGCCAGACUGACGCCGAUUCCCUUCGGACUGCAAAACACCAUCUUCGGGAUCAGUGCGGUCAAUUCGCGUAGCUACCAUACCGGCACGGUCAUCGGGUUGCUGCCGGCCCAAACGAUCAACGUUUAUCUGGGCUCGAAGCUGCGAUCGAUCCACGAGGUGCUCAACGAUCACAAUGCUGCCCUUGGCCUGGCCGGUUACGGGGUAUUUGUGGUUGAGGUUAUUGUUGGUGCUGCCCUAAUGGUGUGGGUUAUUCAGAAGGCGCGGACGGAACUUUCCGCUGCCCUCCUAUCGGACAUGGAUUCGGACGAAAAGAUUCUGAUCGAAAUCGAAGCGUAGGAUUGGACCCAUCAUCGGAAGAUAAUCAAGGGAAAUUCGUUGUCCCAGAAUAGUUGUGUAUAGUCUAUAUGAAUUGUUAAGUUUAGAAUAGAGUAACCAAACAAUGGAACGAAUGGUUUUAUGAUAUUAAGUUUUGGAAAAGGUGCAAUUAGCGAUGGUUUUUUGUUCCUAUGAAACUAACGAAAGACGAGAAGCUGGAAUGUGUGGUUUAUGGUAUACAAAGAUCUGUAUGUAAAUAUUGAAAAAAAAUCAACCAAAUUCCGAUUCUCGCUCCAAACGCAGCUCUAAUCUAAACUUAUGUUCGUACCAUUGAAGAACAACCGUCCAAACUUGCUUUAAAAACCGAUAUUUUCCACCUCGUUUUUUACACAAACAAGUUUUACUGAAAAAAAAAUAGAUGCAUUCGCGCAUUCGAAAGCAAGCAAAUUAGUACAGAGAGAGUAGAGAUAGAGUGUGCAAACUGAUUAGUCAGUCAUUCGGGUCGAAUUUGCAUAAAUUACCAGAUUGUCGAUGUCCGUUUGCCGCCUUCGGUCUCGAAUAUUUAAGGUUGAUAAAAAAUGUUGAUCAUUCACAACCAAACAUACAGCAGUACAAAAGAACAAUAUAAUAUAUACACUCACAGAUACACAGACGACAUUUUUAACAGCGUUUCAGUCACACCGAAUAGAUACAGAUUACAAAAAAGGGUCAUUUUUGGAUAUGGUUUAUAGUUUUAAUUCUUUUCAACGAAAAACGAAAAUAGGGCGCUAGAAGAGUCGAGCGACUGAUAGUUAGCAAGAUAAUAAAUUAUUGUACGCGAAUUGUUUACUAAACUAUUUUCUACCUACAUUUGUUCGGCGUAAUCGCUCCAAAAUGUUUUCCAUAUUUAAUGUGAUAAUCUAAGUGACACUAUAAAACAAACACAAGAAAAAUAUCGCUGCGAUGAAGCCAUUAUAUUCGAAGUAAGUUAUUUAGUAGCAGCAUUUUAAAUGUAACCCUCUAUUUCUUAUUAUUUAUUUGUAAAGUGUUUUUGCUCUGUACAUAUUUUAGGUAAGCGUUCACCGUUUCUAGGUGUGUAACAACAACAUUUCUCUUAUGAAGAAAACUAUUUAUGUAAGGAUAUUGACUAAAAGACUAUGAAAAUCAAGAAUUCGAAUACAGAUGAUAUGAAUUGGAACCAUCA